AUGACUAAUAAAUCUCAACAUACUUUGUUCGAAAUUAGAUAUGCUGAGAUAGAAACUCUCAGAGAUGAAUUCAUGAAACACCAUAAUAAUAUUUUGGUUAGUUUAUCUAGCGAUCCAAACUUUGAGCUGGAUCAGGAAAAUACUUCAAAGGAAACAUUUUUAGAAUCAUAUUAUGAUAUUCGCACAAUAUACGCAGAUCUAUUUGAAAAUAGUUUACAAUUGAAUCAGACUGUUGAAAAUACGAAUUCCAUUUCCGAUAAUUCGCGCAUAAGGUUACCUAAAAUGGAACUUAGGACAUUUUCUGGUGAUUACAAGGAAUUUCCAUUGUUCAUUGAUCUUUUCAACAAUACGGUUCAUAAUAACGGAUCACUGAAUGAUUCUGAAAAAAUCAAUUAUUCAGUAUCGUGUUCAGACGGACCUCCUUUAGCACUAGUAAAGAUGCAUCCUUUAGAAGGACCCAGUUAUGCAACUGCAUAUGCAAGUCUUGUGAAGAAAUAUACUAAUGAAAGAUUCAGAGCUACGGCUCACUGGAAUGAGUUAGAAAAUUGUCCAGAAGUUGAUUGUGAAAAUCCAAUUUCGUUUCAACAGCUGUUGGAUGUUUUUUCAGAAAAUUUAUCCGAGUUGAGGAAGAUGGGUCU